AUGGCGAAGCGCGGCGUCGCCGGCGCCGCCGCCGCUGCCGGCGACCCUAUUCCGCUGUCGCGGUUCGGCGCGCUGGUGGCGCAGCUGGAGUCCGUGGUGGCGUCGGCCAGGCAGAAGCCCCCCGACGCGCUCCUCUGCUUCGACCUCCUCUCCGAGCUCUCAUCGGCGCUCGACGAGGCGCCCAAGGAGACCAUACAGCUUUGGCAAAGGAAAUGCGAGGAUGCUCUCCAAUCCUUGCUCGUCUUUGGCGCUUGCCGCCCGGUUCGGCGUUUGGCGUCAUCGGCAAUGGGGAGGAUAAUUCAGAAAGGCGAUGCAAUAUCAGUGUACGCAAGAGCGAGUACCUUGCAGGGGUGGUUGGUAGAUGGGAAAAGAGCGGAUCCCAUGGCAUGCGCAGGUGCAGCACAGUGCCUAGGGGAAAUUUAUCGCUUAUUUGGACGCAAGAUUACCGCAGGAUUGAUCGAGACAUCAAACAUCGUAGCCAAACUCAUGAAGUAUCAUGAGGACUUUGUGAGACAAGAUGCACUCCUCUUGCUUGAGAACGCAUUGGAAGGCUCUGGUGGUGGUGGUAGUGGUGCAGCUUAUUUGGAGGCUUUCCGCAUAAUCAUGCGAGGAGGCAUAAGUGACAAAGCAUAUAUUGUUAGAGUAGCAGCAGCACGAUGCUUGAAGGCCUUUGCUAAUAUAGGUGGGCCUGGGUUGGGGAUGGCUGAACUUGAUACUUCAAUGUCCUGUUGUGUUAAGGGCUUGGAAGAUAAUGUGUCAGCAGUUAGAGAUUCAUUUGCAGAAGCACUUGGUGCCAUACUUGCUCUUGCCGUGAACCCAGAUGCACAGGUAACCAAAGGAGGUAAAAAGCAAAAUGUUUCUGCAAAGAAGUUUGAUGAUGGUCUACAGAAGCAUUUAAUUUUACCAUUUCUUAAAGCAAAUGGAGCCAAUGCAAAGAAACUCCGGAUUGGUUUGUCUCUAUCGUGGGUGUUCUUUUUGCAGAUGAUCCAUAUGAAGUACGGCACCUUAGAUAGUGAACUUCAAAACUAUGCCGUACAGGUGAUGGAUAUUCUUCAAGGGAAUGGUUCUCCUGAUCCACAUGCACUGGCAUGUGUGCUAUACAUCCUCCGAGUUGGUUUUGCUGACCAGAUGACUGAGCCGACACAGCGUGAAUUUUUGGUAUUUUUGGGAAGAAAGUUGGAGUCUUCAAAUUAUACUGCUCCGAUGAGAGUGGCAACAUUACGCAUUCUAUCUUACCUCUUGAGAAGCCUGGGACAGGUUCCAUCUGAAUUUAAGGAUGUUCUUGAUAACACAGUUGUUGCAGCACUAUCUCAUUCUUCAGCGAAUGUUCGUGUUGAGGCAGCUUUAACAUUGCGUGCUUUAGCGGAAGUUGAUCCUACAUGUGUUGGUGGUUUAGUUUCAUAUGGUAUUACAACAUUACACGCCCUCAGAGAAACUUUGUCAUUUGAUAAGCAGGGUAAAAAUCUGAACCAUGAGCUUGAUUCACUACAUGGACAGGCUACUGUAUUAGCAUCUCUGGUUGCAAUCUCACCGAAAUUACUUCUUGGUUACCCUGCAAGGCUGCCCAAGUCCGUACUUGAGCUUUCCAAAAAGAUGCUUAAUGGUUUCAGCCGAAAUCCAGUAGCUGCUACUGCAGAGCGUGAAGCUGGUUGGUUGCUCUUAGCCUCUCUUUUAGCAUCCAUGCCAAAAGAGGAGCUGGAAGAUCAGGUGUUUGAUGUUCUUUUGCUAUGGGCUAGUCCUUUUACUGGAAAUCCUGAGUCCUACCUUAGUCAGAUACAGGAUUGGACAUCAGAACUGCGCGUUUUGUCAGUUGCAAUCGAGGCACUUACUGCUUUCAUAAGAAGUUUCGUUUCUCCAAUCAUCACAACUGCUAACGGUGGAAUCCUGCUUAACCCUGUGCUGGCCUACCUUGGUGGAGCUUUAUCCCUUAUAUCUUCGUUGAGCACUAAGCAACUGCCGCAUCUCAAGUCUGCACUGAACCUCUUCACAACUAGAACAUUGAUGGCAUAUCAGUCCCUUUCCAAUCCGAUGGUUUAUAAAUCAGAGCAUGAGCAAUUGCUUCAGCUGUGUUCAAGCCCAUUCAGUGACCCUUCUGGAUGGGAAGAAAGCUCAUGCUUGAAAUUUCUGUUGGAUAAGGGAGAUGCUUCUUUGGGCCCGUGGAUACCUGGAAGGGAUUCAUUUGAGGAUGAACUACGGGCUUUUGAUGGUGGUGUUGAUGGAUUUCUACCAUGUGUGUGGGAUGAUGAAAUCAGCAACUUUCCUCAGCCAGAAUCAGUUAGCAAAAUGCUGGUUAAUCAGAUGCUUCUUUGCUAUGGUUCUAUCUUUGCAUGUCAGGAUAAUACUGUCAAGAUAAGACUCCUGAACAAUCUUGACCAGUGCCUGAAGGCUGGGAGGAAGUACUCGUGGUAUAUGCUUCUUGUUUCAAAUGCUUGUGUUGCUCUACUGUCAGGGCUUAAGGAGUUAUUGACUUUACGUGGUGCUCAAUCAUUGCCAACUGAUAUAUUUAGUAUGGUCCAAUCUAUAUUCAAGGGCAUCCUAUUGUUGAGUGAAAUUUCUAUAGCACAAAGGCGGGCAGCGUGUGAGGGUCUUGGUUUACUAGCACGUACUGGGAAUGAUAUAUUAACCGCAAGAAUGGCUCGUUCCCUUCUUGGGGAGCUGAUAACACCAGUAGAUCUGAGCUAUACAGCGUCAGUUGCCCUUUCAUUGGGCUGCAUUCAUCGAACUGCAGGGGGAAUGGCAUUAUCUACUUUGGUCAGUCCAACUGUGAGCUCGCUGUCCCAUUUGAGUAAGAGUUCUAAUUGUAACCUGCAGCUGUGGUCACUCCAUGCUCUUCUUUUGACCAUUGAAGCUGCUGGCUUGUCUUAUGUCUCCCAAGUUCAGGGGACACUUUUCCUUGCUAUGGAAAUUCUUCUAUUAGAAGAAAAUGGAUACGUGGAUUUUAGACAGGAAAUAGGCCAUCUUAUCAAUGCAGUAGUGGCAGUUCUUGGUCCCGAACUUGCUCCGGGUAGCAUAUUCUUUUCACGCUGCAAGUCUGUGAUUGCAGAGAUAAGCUCCUCGAAUGAAUCGGCUACACUUCUGGAAUCAGUUAGGUUUGCUCAACAGCUUGUUCUUUUUGCUCCUCAAGCUGUUCCUGUGCAUUCCCAUGUUCAAAGUCUUGUCCCAACGCUUUACUCAAGACAGCCAAGCCAUAGGUAUCUGGCAGUAUCGACACUGCGUCAUCUGAUUGACAGAGACCCGGCUGCAAUGAUCAAUGAAAACAUUGAAGAGAAUCUGUUCAGCAUGCUUGAUGGGGAAACUGACUCUGAAAUAGCAACACUGGUUCGGGCGACUAUUAUCCGCUUAUUGUAUACAUCAUGUCCACUACAUCCAUCUCGGUGGUUAGCCAUUCUGCGUAAUAUGGUUCUUGCGGCAUCAGUUACAAGAAAUACAAGUGAAGGCCUGAGCAGUUCUGGACAUGAUUCUGUUUACAGUACAGAUGAGAAUGAUGCGCACUAUGGAGCAGAUGAAGAUAAUAUGAUUUCUGGCCCAAAGCAGGAACAAGCGCACUCAUCUGCUCCUAUAGUGAGCCAGUUUUCUCGAAGGAAUAAACACCUCAGAUACCGCACCAGGGUUUUCGCAGCAGAAUGUGUUAGCCAUGUACCGAUUGCAGUUGGAACAGAACCAGCUCAUUUUGAUCUCUUGUUGGCAAGGAGUGCAAUAGCUAAAGGAACUUACUUCUCAAAUGAUUUGCUCGUGCUUAAGCUACAGGAUUUGGUCUCGCUUUCGUAUCAGAUAAGCACUGGACAGUUUGAAGGCAUGCAACCAAUAGGCGUGCAGCUUUUAUGUUUGAUUAUGGACAAGUUUGGCAUGGCAGUGGAUCCUGAAUUUCCUGGACAUAUCUUGUUGGAACAGUUUCAGGCUCAGUUUGUUUCUGCUAUUAAAAUGGCAAUAAGUACUGCUUCCGGCCCGCUUCUCUUGGAGGCUGGCCUUGAACUUGCUACAAAGGUUAUGACAAGCAGCGUCAUUGGUGGGGAUAGAGUAGCCCUCAACCGUUUGUUUUUGUUAAUAUCCCGUCCACUAAGUGACAUAGAGGACCUUUUUUACCCAUCUUUUGCUGACUGGGUUGUGUGUAAGAUCAAAGUGCGCCUUCUUACUGCACAUGCUGCAGUAAAAUGUUACACCUAUCAAUUCUUGAGGGCGAAGGAAAAUGUUCCUGAUGAACAUCAGCAGUUAGCACCUUUACUUGAAAAUAGCUCAUCCCUAUUGGGAAAAUAUUGGGUUGGAGCCCUCAAGGAUUACAUGUGUAUAAGCUUUGGCUUGCAUUCGAAAAUUAAUCACAAGCCAUUCCUUGAUGGAAUUCAGUCAUUAUUGGUCUCGUCGAAGGUUCAUAAGUAUCUUGAUGAAGUUUGGGCUCUGAUUCUUCAGGCAACAGCUGUUGAUGCAGCUCCCUUGGAGUUUGGUGCAAAUGAUUCUGAAGAUGUGCAUGAACACACAUUUAUUGCUGGACGUAGUAUGGUAAAAUUGGAAACAAGUGAUUUUCAAUUUCUCUGGGGACUAUCGGUCCUUGUUCUAUUUCAUGCACACCAAUCAACGGUGAAUACUUGUGUAAAAAUGAAGCUGGAUUGUAGCAAAGAGAAAAAGUUUGGGGACAUUGUUUUCCAUGGACUAGAUAAUCCAAGGCCAUGUGAUAAGGUCUCACCUGUGUUAUUGUCCCUCACAACUGAAGUAUUUUUCAGCAAGGAUUUCCUUUCAGUGGAUACUUGCCAGGAACUCCUCCAGGCUCUAACAUAUGCUGAUUGCUCAGGUGCUUCUAUCGUAUCUCUGUUCUCACAGAUUAUCCGACUCUGCCCGGACAAGUUUUUUGAGGUAGAAGACUUCGUUCUUGUUGCAUUGGAGUUAUACUCUCAUUGUCUUGCAAUGAUUCUUCAAAGCAGUGCUGGAAGUUCUCAGGAAAGGUCAAGUAACACAUUGCUUCCUCAAAUAUGUUUUGCCAGUGAGACUAUGGGCCGUCGAAUGAAAAAUAAGCAUUUGUGGAAGCUGAUGAUGGUGCUGCUAUCCACAUCACACCAAUCGUUUCACCUAGUCUCAACUGAUAUAUGCUUGUCAAAUAUCACCUCCUUUCUGCAAAGUAUCUUGCCUUUCAUGAAAAGGUGUUUUAGAGAAAGAGUCGAACCAGGUGAUGCAUACAGCAAUCCAAAAGUUUCCUUAGUAGCUUUGGUUAGCCUGGUGGCAUACUUGUGCACAGAAUGUGAUAAUAGGAUUUCAAUGCUGGAAAACAAGAUUUCUGAUUCUUACAGGCUAUUGGCGAAGAUACUAUUCUUUUGUUUGGGAGAAGUGAUUUCUCUUGCAAAACUUGUUUAUGAGAUUGGAUUUCUUACUGAAAAUGGCACUAAGAAUGAUGUGCACAUGUGGGAUAGCUUUGGGCAUUGCAUACACGUUAUUCAGAAAUCACUUUGUAGCACCAACUUGCAGGUUCAAAUGCUGGUGAUACAUGUGCUGAAAACUUGUGCACAGAGAGAGCUAACUGAAGCUUCACAAACAAAGACACAUUCUUUUAUGAUACUACUUGGGGAAUUGCUAGAAGAUGUGUUUUAUUUGAUGCAAACUGCAUUGAAGAAUUGUUCAAGCAAGGAAUCUGUAAACAUCAUUGAUGAUUGUUUGAAAUUGCUUUUCCUCUUCCACACUCUAGCGCAAUCACAGAAAUACCAGCAAGAGGCUACAAUACUUCUGCUGGACGCCUUACUGAUGGUUUCCUUUUUGUCCAGUGAUGAUGCUUCAGAGGAACUUACUGAAGUAAAUACCAUCUCCAAGAAGUUGUUCUCUCAUUUUAUUCAGAUUCCAUCAGCCGCCAUGCAGAUCAAAGAUGUAAUGCUUUCAGCACCACCUACAAAAAGGCAGCAACUUCAGGACAUGAUCCGAGCUUCUGUCAGCCAUGGUCAGAUAAUGGUGCCGGUGAAUACAAGCGCACAGUCAGAGCAGAAUAUUCAGGAUAGUACCAGUGAAAAACCUGGGCCAGUAGCCAUAGUGUCUGGAGCUGAAGUAGUUGAAGAUAAGGAUGGAAACGAAGUUAGUGAUGAUGACUGGGAUGAUGAUUGGGACACUUUUCAAUCUCUUCCAGCAACUGUUGCGAAGGAUAAUGCAGAUUCUGCUCUAGUUGUUUCACCUAUUCUGGAACAUGGUUCGGUUGGAAGUUCUCAUCAAGAACAGACUCCCCAGGAAAAUACUAAUGAAGAUAUUUGUGAUACGGACGCUGUGGCUGGUGCAACGGAAGACAUAAAAUUUGUUGAUGCUGAAUUCGGGGAACCCUCUGCUUCACAAUGCUCCAGUCUUGAGCCACAGGCCAAGAUGGAAUCCCUAGAUUCGUCGUAUGAAGAUGAUGAGGAAGUCCCAAGACAUCCAGUAGUUGAUUGCGACGAGCCAUGGGCUCAUGCUCUGAGGAACGAAGUUGGGAGCGAAUUGCAGCAGGAUCAUGACAACCAGUUUGUUUCUGAAGAAAGAGACUUAGCAGAUGAUGGUGCUGACCCAACACUUGAAGACAACAGCGACAUUUUUGGAGGAACUCAAAGGUCCGAGGGAGAUGCCCUUGAUGAAAAUAUUGCUUGUGCUGACGAUUCCUCACGCAGUUUGAGGACUCCCUCCGAUGCUGUAGUUGAUGAGUUUAAGAGGAGCAGUGAUACAGUAUCAACUGGUAAUAAGAUCUCUAUAAAUGAUGGUAAGGGUUGCGAGGAAGAGUUAGCACCUUCCUCUAGCGUCCUUAUUACGAAUGCUAGCAUGUCAGAAAAUGUUGUCAGCACGAGCAAUGCCAACAAACAUCCUGAUGAUGCCGACACAAAACCAGAAUCAUCUGUAAACAAAAGCUCUGAUUCCUAAUCGUGGAACUUCUGUAGACAACAUACAUCACUGGAGAAAAUUGAGUAUGGUUAUCAGAACUUAGGAAAUGAAAACUAAAGGUUGGAAACCCUUAGAAUCCUUAUCUCCUCACCUUGAUUGAGCCCAAGUUUUACCGUUGCAGUCUGUCUGCAGUCUAAAAUGGAGUUGCGGUGAUGCUCCAGGAUACAAUACUUCUUCAUUAUUAUGUGCAAACGAAGAACUCUGUAAUUUCUAAAUCUCACACCCAAGACAUUAACUUGGACUUGCAUAGUUUCCACGUGGAUUGUGUGCAUCCCACCGCCUGUUCUCGUGUUUUUGUUGGGUCUUGGGUUGCUGUAGAGUUUGUACAUCAUUUUUACAAUACUUGUGGAGCUUAGAUGCGGGUUGUACAUGUAUGUGCUAUUACGGUUUUUGUGCCCAGCAUUCAAUUUUUGACCUCAUCAUUGUGCUGAGAAUACAAGGCCACCUA